AUGAUGACGGCCAUCUUAGAGCGGCUCAGCACCUUGUCCAUCAGUGGACAGCAACUCCGCCGACUCCCUAAGCUCCUAGAAGAUGGCUUCCCCAAGAUGCCUUCUACAGUCAAAGAAUCUGAUGUGCCCCAGCUUUUUCGGGAGCCAUAUAUCCAAGCUGGGUAUCGCCCCACUGGUCAAGGCUGGCGUUACUAUUUCCUCAGUCUCUUCCAAAAGCACAAUGAGGUUGUUAAUGUCUGGACCCACCUGCUGGCAGCCUUGGCUGUGCUGCUGAGAUUCAACAUUUUUGCUGAGGCAGAAGAGCUGUCUUUGGAGGUACAAACUUUGCCUCUCUUCAUCUUUGUUCUCUCCUCUGUAACGUAUCUAACCUGCAGCCUCUUGGCGCACCUCUUACAGUCCAAGUCAGAGAUGUCACACUAUACCUUCUACUUUGUGGACUACGUUGGGGUCAGCAUAUACCAAUAUGGAAGCGCCCUGGCCCAUUUCUACUACAGCUCCGAUCAGGCCUGGUAUGACAAGUUUUGGCUGUUCUUCCUGCCCGCUGCUGCUUUCUGUGGGUGGCUGUCCUGUGCUGGCUGCUGCUAUGCCAAAUACCGUUAUCGGCGCCCUUACCCCAUCAUGAGGAAAGUAUGCCAGGUGAUCCCAGCAGGGCUGGCGUUCAUUCUGGAUAUCAGUCCUGUGGCACAUCGUGUGAUCAUGUGCCACCUCGAAGGCUGUGAGGAGAUGGCUGCUUGGUACCACACCUUUCAGAUACUUUUCUUCCUAGUCAGUGCAUAUUUCUUCUCCUGCCCAGUCCCCGAGAAAUAUUUCCCAGGUUCCUGUGAUAUCGUUGGCCACGCCCACCAGAUAUUCCAUACCUUCCUGGCCAUCUGCACCCUCUCGCAAUUGGAAGCCAUCUUCCUGGAUUAUAAGAACAGGCAAGAUAUUUUCCUCAAGCGGCAUGGAUCCCUCUCCAUCAUCCUGUCUUGUGUCUCCUUCUUUGGCUUAGUGGCAUGCAGCGCUGUCACUGCACACCUCUUACAGCGCAAGAUCAAGGUGGAGCUGAGUAUAAAGGAAUCCUGAGAGACUGACA